UUCGGGUAGUGUCGACAUCCACCCUGCGCUGAUUAUCGCUAGGGAGAACUCCAGGAGCGGGACGUGGACCGUCUAGUCCGAGUGUCCUCCAUGGACCCGUGCAGAGCCGUGCAGCUUCGAUGUGCAUGCGGACCGAAGGAUGAGACGAAGAAUCCGUAGAGCGUAGACGAUGUCUUCGUGUUCCCCGACAGCCGAUCGCUUGAUUUUUGGCCAUGGUACAGGCAGUCGACAUUUUCCAGUCUCUUGAAAGCUCAGUCAGACUUACCCACGUUAUGUGAUCAGCUGGCGGAAUGCGGAAGACGACGGAAAGGGAGGAGGCAAUGGUGACACUGUGGGCACUGGUCGGCUGAGGAAGAUCGACGUCCAUCAGUGUGCGAGACAGAGCAAUAGCGAAGGAGGGAGCAGAGCGCUAGAACUGCAAUUCAAUGACCUCAUACCUGUCAGGUGAAUUGAUCGACUCUUCAUUCCUACCUUGGGUUGGCCUACGUCUUCAGUGCCUUGUGGAGAACGCUCAAUGUCACAAGCAGUACAUGUCAAUGAGCUCAAAGAUUUCCUGGUUGCAAGAGUAGUUCCGCAUUUGUUCCCCGUCCUCUCUUUUUGGCUCCUGGCCCAUUGCCCCUGCUGCUGGUUUCUCCUGAAUUACUCCACUCACAAGAAGUUCGACAGCAGUGAGUGGAAAACAAGAUCAGACUGCAGAUAUCGAAUGGGCGAUUCAAGAACCCGGCAGUUUGGAAGAGAACAGGCGCAGAUUCUUUCAUUGUGUGCACACCUGCUGAAUCCUUCUUGUUCAAGGAUUUGUGGCACUUAGGUUCGGACUGCCUGAUUGAGCAAACUUGCUGACUGCCCAAGGGCGAAAACGCUAUGCAUUGUAUGAGCUAUUGAUAUUUAACUUCCUGUGUUCAUUCCACCUAUAACUCACACGGACAAUUAUCGAGAGUUUCAUAUUUGAGAAAGACAACCUUUUGUUACAGGAAGACGCCAAAGGUGAAGGAAAAAGAAGCUGCAAUUCAUGUUCGUUCUAUACACUCUCCUCAUGCAAUCCUCCAGCCAUUAUCGAGGCAUUUCUCACAAACCUUACCUUUCUUGUUCAAAAAACUAGAAGCACAGAAAGUGUCGUCGAAUUUGCUUGAUGUAUCGCAAACUCUGGAUUUUAUCAAACCCUGACACUCUUGGGCUGAUGCGACAGACGACGAGAUCCUCUUCUAGCGAAUCGCCAAGCCCGAACUAACGCAGGGCGCUGUCAAGGAAGGCUCAGAGUAUAUAGUGAGGGUUAGACAGUCCCACAAGUUCUGAACAUCAGUAGGCACUCGUGGGGCUAUCUACCUCUCACUAUAUUCUGAUCGGGACUGCUCGACAACGCCAGCGCCUUUGUUUCGGGGUUUAGAGGUUUACAUGCACUAAAUGAGCUUGCAUGCGAAAGGUCUACACUACUAGGUUCGCACUUAGUCUGAAGAAUUUCCUGGAUUUUGAAUAUCAUGCAAUAAAAGGCUAUAGAUUGAUACAGAAUCGGAUCUAAAUAAGUUAUUUGUAGUGGGCUGAUAGGUCACCUUCCUGGCUAUGAUAGUGCAUAGUUCAGUACUGUUAUGAUGGCAUUGGCUUCGAAUAAGAGAGGAGUUAAUAUGCUCAACUGCAGAGCAUAUUUAAAAUAUUUCUAUUCAAACAAGGUUCCUGCUCCCUCAAUGUGAUUAACCCUUCCUACCAAAUUGAAGAAUUACUAAAGCUCUUCUUUCUUGGUGUAUCUUCCUGCUGCUGCUACGAAAAGAUGGCCUCAGGGAAAGCCUUAAGAGCACAGAGCAUAACAGUCCAUCACAUAGAGACGAAGCGGGACAAUCUAUAGUUCCUUCAUUUAUAAUGCUGAGAAUGUGGUGGGCGGUCAGCAUCCCAUAUGUUAACCGCAGUCUUGUAAUCAAAGUAAAAACUGUACGUAGUUUGGUAGGCUUCGUGUAUUGUCAGAGAUACUGGCUGUCCUUGCAUGACAUACAUUAGAUUGUAACCAGAGAGAUUGUCCACUGUCACAGGAACAUCUAAAUGAUUUUAAAUUAAAAUUAAAAUUAAAAUUAAAAUUUUUAAUUUAACCUUUGUGAAAGUCCCACGAUAAGUAUCAUCUUCCAAAUUAUCUGCAUCUUAGCGAAGAGUUUCAAACUCAAACACAAAAGAUUGCAGCACCAUAGAGUUUCCUCACAUCUUUAAACAUGAGCUGUUUGCGAAAUUCAGCCUCUCUUACGAUGAAAGUCUGUUUCGAGCAAGUGCACUAAGAUGGCCAUAUCUUCCUAGUCCGGACACCCAAUUGAGUCCGAAUGUUAGAUCUUGACGAGGAAUUCUCCCUUAUGUUAUUUUUGGUCGUGAAAUCCGCAGAUAGUUUCCGGGCUGGAGAAUGGCUGCUGCCUUGGUCUACAAUCGCUAUGGGCAACUCCAGUGAAGUCCCAAAACCUCGUCGUCUGAGGUCAAAACUUUGUAUCACAAACUAGUUUCAAAGGUUGAAAGUGGAGUAGAAUAUAAACCAUUU